AUGCCACGCUACCUUGCACUCAACUACUUGGAGCUGUUAAACCGAGAGAGAAGACACCUCUUAGACAGGUGCCUUUUUCCUGUUCCUGGACAAAUAGAAUCGAUUGAUCAGUACCCACACCACGGGGACCUCCCUAGCAAGUAUCUCUUUCCUUGGAAACCACUUGUUAUUGAAAAAGGUGUGGCCAAGAGGACGUUGGAGGAGGAGCUUGAUGGACUGAAAUUUGAAGGAAAACAUGAUCCACUUGAGAUGUAUAGUACUGACGAACAGCAGCAUAAUUAUAGUGCUACUGGUUCUGAAGUUGAUCUUUUUGAAAGAGCAGCUGCUGAUCUUAUCAUUAAAACUGAGAUUGAAAACAUUAGGAGAGUCGAUGGAAUAGAAGACUUCAAUUACGAACCAAUUAAUAUUGACCACUGUGACAUCACUGGAGACCCGGUCCUAUUCCUCCUUGAAGAACCAUUAGAUCACUCACUGGUCUCCCCUCCAAUAUUACAUACUAGCCUGCCUAGUGUUGGGGCAUUGCUGAAAAGACUCAGACCCAUUUUAGUACAGGACCCCUUGGUGGAUAAAAUUGGACGGAAAUAUGAAAUAAGAUUAGAAAAUCUAACUAUUUCUCUGACUAUCACAAAUCCUAUGACUUCACAAGUGGAGUCUUUUACCAAAGAACCUUUAGACGAAGCUGAAUACUCCACCCACCUCAUUGAAAACCCACUAACACUCCACAGACCUUUCAGCCCCAAACCAAUCACCCAAUACAUUAAUGAAGAGCUGCAAUCAUUAGCAACAACAGAAGGAUCGGAGGAACUAGAAGAUAAAGAAGGAUUAAUAGAUAUUGGUGACAUGUGCAAGGAUUUGACUCAAUCGUUGACAAGAGAUAGAGGAGGAGGUGUACCUGCAGUUACUGACAGGUUUUUAUUAGCGAGUUCAUUUGGUGAUUCUGUUGGUAAUGGAUCUUGUUCCUCUGCUGGAUUGUGUUUUGAGGAUUUGAACAAUACAGGUUUAGGAACAGAAGUUUCAAUGUUUGAGUCUCAGUUAUUGGAGAGUCCUGAGAUCCUGUCUGCUCUUGAAGUUCCUGAUUUCUUAGGAACUGAACUGAUUGAUCUUGUUGUGUUUGAUGAUGAUACACUACUGAAUGAAAGGUUGUUGAGUGUGUCAGAUGAGAGGAGACUGUUCAACAGGUUAAGGACACUUGAUCACACCUUCGAUAGCAUUGCAUCAAAAGUACUACCUUGUACUGAUAUUACAGUACAGUUAGGUGAUAUUAAUAAUAAUUUAAUUGAUCAAUCAAUUUCAACACUUCAACCCAUUAAACUUCACGGAGAUUUGGAGUUAUCAUUGCCCUGGGACCCAGUAUUCUAUUCUUCAGUGAGUAUGAGAGAUGCUGUUAAUAAUACACUAACCAGAUCAUUCCAUGAUACUGGAGGUAGUGACUGUACUGCUAUAGCUACUGAUCAUAAUGGACAGUCUGUAGUAUCACUGGGGGCAAUGGAUAUUGAGAAGGCUGGGUUUGAUAUGGAUUACAUUAGAUGGGUUAAUGGUUUUGAUGCUACCCUGAUGUCACUUAAUCAACCACCACCUACUACCAAUAGCACCAGUAUUAUUACUAAUGAGGUAUCCAUCACUUCAACUACAAGAUCUCUCUCUCACUCUCUCUCUCUGCCUCCAUCACUUACUUCAGCUACUACUAAUGUCAAUAUAUCUUCAGGAUUUGAUAGCUUUCUAUUGUUAAGAGGGAUGGGAGAUGUGGGUGCGGCUUUGAACGACCCCAUUAAUAAAGCUGCUCCUAGUUCUGUUUCUUUAUUAUCGUCUGGUGAACGCAAUCAACCGACAAUCAGUGAUUCAUGCAAUAUCAUUGAACCUGAUUCUGAUCUGAUUCUUGUUAAAGCCAAAGAUAGGCCUGUCACACGAGUAGAGAUACAGGUUUCUAUAACAGGAGAUUACAAGAGAUUACUGGAACGUCUCAAUUCUCUGACUAGCCCAUUGCUGAAGCAGUUCCUGGGUGUGGUUAGGGGUGUGGCUAACAAGGCGCUAUUAUCUGACGUUCCCAUUGACUCUCUAAAGUUCUUCAUGAAACAACAAGAAAUGAAUUGUCAUUGGAAUACCACUGAUAAUUAUGUUUCCAGUCUAGUAUUAUUCAUUAUUGGGUCUCUUAUUCGUGAACUGUUGAAUACCUCAAUACAAUCAGCAAUGGAUUUAUUUAACGGAUUAUGUAAUAAAUACAGGACACUGAUCCUCUCAUCACAUAAUCACAAACCAUUCCUAAGCAAUAUUAAUAUUAAGUGGAAGACCUUUGAGGAAGGAGGGCAGGGAUUUAGUGGUGGGCCAACUUAG